UCCGAGCCCCGCCUCUCUUUUGCAAGCCUGGUCAAAAAAUGGCUGUUUACGAUAAGCUGCUACUUCUCUUCGCUCUGUUACUGCUGUGUAGCGAGUGUUCUGCGGGAGACGAGGCUCUCCCCGGCCACAUGCAGCCAUUGGGCUCACACAUGGAGCCAGAGUUAGUGCGCAGAAUAGACCAUAUGCCCUCACCGAGUGAGUUUUAUGAGAACUUUGUGAGGCCCAAGAUUCCAGUUGUGCUGGAGGGGCUCAUGUCAGGACAGGAGGUGCUUAGUAACUGGCAGAGUGAUGAUUACCUCAGACGUGUGCACGGUGAGUCCACGAUGAGUGUUGAGUAUGGCAAGAAGGAGAACCGCUCAGAGCCAGGGUUCAGCAUCACCGUUGAUGAGUUCCUCAGUAGGUAUCAGGAUGAGAAUAUAUACAUGGUCAGCGACCUAUCAGAAGAGAUGCGGAAGGAGUGGGUGUUGCCACGGUUCCUGCUCUGUGGGGGGUAUACGGAGGAGCUCAUGUUUAUGUAUCUGUGGUUCAGCAGUGGGGGUACAAAGUCCGUAGUUCACACAGACUCGUAUGAGAACCUGCAUUGCCUGGUGAGUGGGCGGAAGAGGUUCGUGCUCAUUGAACCCCGCUUCUCUGAGAGCAUUGGACCGGAACACAAGGCAACUGGAUUCUUCAACAUUGACGUAGAGAGUGUGGACAUGACAGUCUACCCUAACCUGGCUAAUAUCCCAUGGCACCUGGCCACAGUACAACCAGGGGACUGUCUGUAUCUCCCCUACCAAUGGCUGCAUAAUGUGAACUCGGAAGGACGCAACAUGGGAGUUAAUCUGUGGUGGAAUGCAUUCAAAUACGACCCUGCCGAGUGUCCAGACGACCUUAGUGACCUCCCACAGUUCCAGUCAUUGGAUAGUUUCAGUCUGUCCCCAGAGUUGCAACUAAAAGAGGUUCUGGUGAUGGCUGCCAAAGAAGAUGGUCGAGUAAUGGCAGAGGAUGUGUUUGACUUGGUAUCCCAACAUUUUGAGCUAGCUGACAUGAAGGUGGAGUACAUACAGGAUAUGUUUGAUAUCCUACUACCUGACUGUAAAGGCGUGAUACCAAGCGUUGAUAUGGUUACAAAGGACAGAGUUCGUGCGGCGUUUGAAUUCUUCACCACCCUGGCUGACGAGUUGAGUAGACGUCAAGCAGAGAGGAGCUUUCAUGACCAGGAGCAACCAUUCUCUGAGGAUGAGUACUAUCAGGAGUUAGGAGAGUUCGGUGGAGAGGAGGAGGACUUGUGGGAGGGGCCUAUCAGUGAACGGGAGAAGGAGGAAGGUGGUGGUCGUCAUGACAACAACAGAGAUGAAUUAUAGCAUGAUAAGAAUAUAAAAACUCGUGCUGUCAUUUGAACUUGCUAUAUUGUUAAUAAUAAAAUUAUGUGAUUUAUGUAAAUGCACAUCCAUACAUCUGUCCGUGGUCUUAUUAUCAUCAACUAAUUAAAAGUAA